AUGCCCUCGUCCUCGACACCAUACGCCAAGACCGUACAAGUUGGCCGGUCCAGGUCUGACGUUUCCCUUAUGAGGGACAAGAACGGUUGCAUUACUUGCCGCGUUCGCCAGAAGAAAUGCAGUGGUAUCGAGAUCGGUCAAACAAGCUGUGGAGACUGCUUGCGACUCAACAUUCAGUGCCUUGGUGUCACUCACAAUCGACCUGACUGGUUGCGCAAUCCUGAGGCUCUCAAGGAGACCAAAUACCGCAUCAAGCACUACCUAACUGAGCAUCCUGUUCCACGGGGUCGCGGUCCAACUCCAAAGCGUCCCCAUUUGGAUUUUUAUGACUUGAUUGAAAAGUACUCUCCGCGCAUCCCAACUACAGAGGAGUGCCAUCAAUAUGUGAAGCUCGACCAACUCCAGCCGAUGUCACCCGAGUCACCGUCAACAAAUUACCCAGGCGGAUAUCUUUCAGUCCCGACCAGCCACUAUGGGUCACCGACUUCAUCGUCUCCCUCCUCUUCUUAUACGGCAAUGCCUAGUACGCCAACGAAUCUCAGCGACGAUUUGUUUGCGUCAACCGAUAUGUGCAACUAUGCAGGUGGAAUAAUGACUCCCGAACUGUUCUACACCCAACAACAGGGGAUUUCCUACCACGAUGCAUACGUGCCUUUGAACUCAACCUUCGAGCAAUCAGUAUCUCCAACCGCUAGCCAAACUUCCACUGGUGGCAGUCCCUAUCGCCUUAACUAUGCGCCCCCGGAAUCUUUGUUUCUCACCAGCAUUAGCCCCAACUCUCAGUAUCACCAGUACACCCACAACCACCUAUCUGGACAGACAAGUCCCAGUGCGCGGCGCCAGUGA